AUGACUUGUAACAUGGACUUUGAAGACAUUGUUGAUAUGGAUUGGCUCAACUCACACACUUUACCCGGAAAACUUAUUGGAGAAACACUGGUUGAUUCGAGUUAUCUGGAGCCCUUUAGAAUCGAAACACGCGAGACAAUGCCGACUCCAGAUCAAAUCAAACAACUCAUUGAACUAGCAAAGCAGCAGCUGGCCCUGCGAGAUCAGUCUCACUCCACCAUUUCGCCUUCAAGCGUGUUUGGACCUUGUACGACACGCGAGACUCCGCGGAUGCGACGAGCAUUAUCUGUGUCAAGUAUUGAAGAUAGUUCACUUGAAGCCAUGGCUGAGGCCGAUGGCAUGGACAUCAAGAAGCUGACUGCAAGAGAACGGAGGCAGCUGAGAAACAAGAUAUCUGCACGCAACUUUCGUGUACGGCGAAAGGAAUAUCUGGCUAGUCUAGAACAGCAAAUCGAUCAUCAUAAACAGCGUGCAGAAGAUUUAACCGGAAGGUUGGAAGAGGCAGAGGAUGAAAACGAAAGAUUGAGGCAUGAACUUGAACUGCUCAAACAACGAACACCUGAAUCCACCAAACUGGACCACUGUAUUGUGGUCUCUAAUACACCCUCAUGGGAAGAUAAUUUCACGCCUUCCCUCACACGCGAACUGGCCCAUUAUCUCGUCAAUUGCUUUGUCCAGCCGGGGAUGGAGUCUGUCUAUCGAAUCCAGCCUGACAAGGAGUUCUGGCCUUGA